AUGGAUAGUGUCGCAGUCGGAGCUAAUUGGCGUGAAAGCCCUCCUUCUCCCGAGAAUGAGGCUCAAGAGAAAUACCAAUGUCCGCGAUGUCCUAGCAGCUUCAAACGACCGGAGCACCUGAAGAGACAUCAGCGAAGCCAUGAUGGCCACAAGCCCUUCGUGUGUUCUAUCUGUCUGAAACGUUUCUUCAGAAGUGACAUCCUGACCCGACACGAAUUGAUGCACAUUGCUGCCCAAAGGAGCAACAAUACCCUCACUCGUAAACGAGCGUGUACGGAAUGUGCGAGAGCACGAGAAAGAUGUUCCAGGGACGAGCCUUGUCUAAGAUGCUCGACUAAAUCCCUUCAGUGCCUGUACCCUGACGAUGCAGGACAGAGGGUGCACACCCUCGACAACGAGGCUUCGACGUCUCAACGCGGACAACUCGAAGAACACCCUCAAAUGUCUUCGCAGAAUCCCUUGUUAUUGCCGAAACAAGAGGACUACAUGUCGUCGAGUUCGUUCAAUAGGCAGUCCUUCCACGAGGACGACGCUCCGUUCCGUGACUUCUUGCAUACGCUAAGAGCGCCCACCAACGCCACCUCGUCAUACAUCCCAGCGGGGUCGGAUCCAGCAAAUCUGCUCUACAAGAGCGCUACUUCGUCUUUCAAUCCGGACUCUACGCUUGCACUCAGCGGCGUGGGUGGAAGCGACACCACGACAACCGGCUUCGAGCCAAAACCACUCAUCGAAACAGCCCGCCGGGCAUCUCUCUACGAUCCACCAUCAGCAGGUUCCUCAUCAUCCUCUGCCGCAUACUCGCGCGCCUCGAUGCACGAUGCAAUCGGUCCCAACGGUCCACGCUACGGGCAGCCACUCGGUAGUUACUCGAGUCUCUGCGGUCCCCCAUCCUCCGCCUCGACUCUAGCCGCGGCGCCCCAGGGACUCCUGGCACCGACGGAUCUCGGCUCUCGCCCGAUUAACCUCAAGGCGUACGAGCUUAUCGCGAGUAACUUUAAGGAACUCUGCUUGGAGCAUGGAGAUGUGGCGUCUCCGGCUUGUAGUAAUAAUAUUUCGGAGUCACAGCGCACGGCCCAGCAUGAGAUGCUGGUUAAGCUUUAUUAUGAGCAUUUUAAACAGCAGGCUUCUUGA